AUGUUGACUGUGGCUUUUGGUGAGUCUACUAUGAGUAAAACAAGAGUUUACGAGUGGUACAAACGUUUCAAAAAGAGCCGUGAAGACGUUGAAGAUGACGAUCGCUCUGGACGCCCUAGCACAUCAAUAACCGACGAUAACGUCGAACGGGUGAAGAAAAUGAUUCUGGAAAAUCGCCGAAUCACUAUCAGAGAGGUUGCUGAUGAUGUCGGCAUAUCAUUCGGCUCAUGCCAAGCAAUUUUUUCGGAUGUUUUGCCACCGUAUUCACCGGACAUGGUUCCCUGUGACUUCUUUCUAUUCCCGAAGCUGAAGAGAACUCUGAAAGGACGACGUUUUGCCAACAUUAAUGAAAUAAAAACAGAAUCGCUGAAGGAGCUGAACGCCAUACCGAAAAGUGAAUUCCGAAAGUGCUUCGAAGAUUAG